CGGAAUGAGAUUUCAACAUGAAGAACUCCAAUAGCUCUCUGGAGUUCUUACCUACAACACUCAUUCUGGUUGGUAUCCCAGGGCUGAAGGCAGAGCACAUCUGGAUGUCCAUCCCCUUUGGCCUGAUGUACAUUAUCAUCUUCCUUGGGAAUGGCACCAUUCUUCAUGUCAUCCGAAUGAACUCUGCUCUACACCAGCCCAUGUACCUCUUUCUUGCCAUGUUGGCACUGGCUGAGAUUGGUGUCUCUGCAUCCACUCUGCCUACAGUGCUAGGCAUCUUCCUUUUUGGCACCACUGAGAUUAGCUUUGAUGAAUGUCCUCCAGAUGUUCUGCAUUCAUUCUUUCUCCAUUAUGGAGUCAGCUGUGUUGCUGGCCAUGUCUGUCGAUCGAUUUGUGGCUAUCUACAGCCCACUGCGCUAUACAGCCAUCCUAACCCUGCCCCGAAUCUUUGGCACAGGAGUUGUCAUUGGGCUGAAAAGCAUUAUGCUCAUGGCCCCAUUGCCCAUGCUCUUACGGCGCCUGCCCUUCUGUGGCCAUAAUGUCCUCUCCCAUUCUUAUUGCCUUCACCCCAACCUAUCCAUCUACCUUGUGGGGACACUUCUAUCAAUAAUAUCUAUGGGCUUUUCAUUGUUACCAGCACUUUUGGGCUGGAUUCACUGCUCAUUGUGGUCUCCUAUGGACUUAUACUUUACACAGUACUGAAUAUUGCCACUGGGGAGGAGCGUAAGAAGGCACUCAACACAUGUGUCUCACAUAUCUGUGCUGUGCUGGUUUAUUAUGUGCCUAUGAUUGGCUUAUCAAUGGUGCACCGCUUUGGACACCAUGUGUCCCCUUUGCUGCAUUCUCUGAUGGCCAAUGCUUACCUAUUCUUCCCACCCCUUGUCAACCCCAUAGUGUAUAGCAUUAAGACCAAGGAAAUUCGUCGUAGCAUUGUCCAAAUGCUGUCAGAGAAGAGAUCCAGAGUUUAGAUGAAGUGCAAAGUAGGAAGGGACUUUUUUUCUAUAAUCACAAGUGGUUCUAGAUAGCACAUUCUGAAAAUGGUGUUACCUUAAAAUACAGUAUCUGACAGGAGGCUCUCCAUAAUCUAGCCAGGAACCAGUUUCACUCCAGAGUGGGAGUGAAAAUGAGGCUGGGUUAUGUUUAACAGAACAGAACAAUAUAAAGAAUUGGUGGUAUUUUAAAACAUGUUUGACAAGAAGUUUUCUAUUCCCUUGCAUAGCUGGAGCAGGAAUGAAAGAAAGAGUGGUUAUGAAAAUACAGAACUUCCCAUAAAGAAAAUGUACUCAGGAGCUUGAAGGUGUUCUGGGAUUCUGUUGAUCCCUAUGUUAGAGGAGAAAAGAAAUUGAAAUGGAUUACCUUCUCUUGAGUUGUUGGUAUAAGCUCAUCGGCAGUAGAAAACACUAGCUCACUCAAAGAAGGCUUCCAAUACUGGCUCCGAUAUGGUAUUCAUCCAUCUUUACCAAGGUCCUAAACUGAGAGUCCCAAAGAUUACAAAUUUUGCUCAUUAUGCAAUAUUUUGAAAGUCUCCCAUCCAGGAUGCAGAAUCUUUCAAAAGAGCAAGAAUCCCUUUGUGAACAUUAACAUUUUCUGUCUGAUUAGAUAUUUCUUUGCAGAUAUUAGAAAUAAU